CCUUCCUCCACAUCAGCUGCCACCGAGGGGCAUUUGUCGACGUCACUGGGUUUUUUUCUGGGAUUUUUUUAUGUUCCUUCCUUCCUUCCUGCCUUUCCUUGUGCCUGCCUGCUAAGCGCUCCCUCUAUCUCCGCCGCCCACUCCUUCCCAACCAUUGAUCCGACCACUCACCGGCUUCUUCGCCUCAUUACAUCAACCGCUCUGCGCUUUUGUGCAUUUUUUUUUUUAAUUUUUUUUACCCCAUAUUUUGGGGAUUUACUUUUAGGACGUUUACCCUUCUCCCUACAUAUUUGAAAAGAAUCCCAGCAUGGCGAGCACGGAGGAUAAACCGGCCAACAAGGCGGAAACGUCCAGCUGGAAGGACUCCUUCUACAACCCGAGGACCGGCGAGGUUCUGGGGCGCACGGCCGGCAGUUGGGCUCUCAUCUUGUUGUUCUACUUGGUGUUCUACUGCUUUCUGGCCGGUAUGUUCACCCUGACCAUGUGGGUGAUGCUGCUCACCCUGGAUGACAACGUGCCCAGGUACAGAGACCGCGUUCCUUUCCCAGGAUUGGUCAUCCGUCCGAACUCUCUGGACAUCGUGUUCAACAAAUCCGAGCCCCUCAAGUAUGCACAGUACGUGGAAAACCUGGAGUCAUUCCUGCAAAAGGGUUACAAUGACACAGAGCAGGAGAAGAAUCUGGACUGCCCCGAAGGGAAGUAUUUCCUGCAGGAUGAGGAACUGGAAAAGAAAGUGUGCCGCUUCAAGAGAGGCUACCUUAGCCUCUGCUCUGGCCUGUCUGACACAAACUUUGGUUACUCUGUGGGAAGACCAUGCGUGCUUCUGAAACUCAACAGGAUUAUUGGCCUGAAGCCUAUCGGGGACCCUUACGUCAACUGCACCGUCAAAAAGGAGAACCCAGUUCAGAUGCAGUAUUUCCCCAGAAAGGGACGCAUUGACAAGAUGUACUUCCCCUACUAUGGCAAGAAAGCUCACAUGAACUACGUUCAGCCCCUGGUUGCCGUCAAGCUGCUGCUCACCAAGGAGGACUACAACAAGGAGCUGUCGGUGGAGUGUCGGGUAGAGGGCUCUAACCUGCGCAAUAACGACGAGAGGGAUAAGUUCCUGGGCCGCGUCACCUUCAGGAUCAAGGUGGUGGAGUAAAAAAAGAGGGAAAUUGCCGGUCAAAAGGAACCCCCAGCCGGUGUGGAGGCUGCCCACAUUCGCUGAGGAAGGAAGUGUCAAAUCCCUCUCAAGACAGCAUUCGGGAUGAGGCAGAUUAGUCUGGCCCGUCGUCGGAGAGCCAGUUACGAAUGUUGCUUUGAUGACAAUGACCCUUCUUUCCUUCAAGAUUCCUUGCUGACCUCCGCAAAAGAUCCCAAGAGAACAAGACACAGGCUGUGCUCCUGAUCCAUCCCUUCCACCUGUUGCACAAGUCAUCCCCGUUUUGGUUUCAUGUCGAUGUGAUUAGCUGAAUUUAUAGCCAAUGCAAGCAAGCCAUUUGGAGCUGUCGUGUUAUUGCCGAUGCAACUUCUUCCUAUUUUGUAGAUCAGGGGUGUCAAACUCAUUUUUGUCGUGGGCUACAUCCUAGUUGUGGUUUCACUCGGAGAGCCGUUAGGGCUGUGAAAAAUGUAUCAACAUAAACACCACAUCAUAUGAUUACAUAGACAUCAUUGGAUAAGCAUUUGAUUGGUAUUUUACUGUAUAUACACUACCCACAAAAAGUUGGUGAUAUUGGGCUAUUGAGUGAAAUCUCAUGAUGAACCUAAAGUGCUCUAGAACAUUGACAGGCGAACUUAAUUGCACCUUCUCGAAACCUAUGAAUGUCCAACUGUAAAUGUACUUUUUGCACAACAAAGAAGUGAAAGGCAAAAUUCACAGCAGGUGUUUUUCAAGGACGUCCACUUCUCUGCCUUUCUGUGACACUUCCAGUCUCUCUAUAUCGAGGCUUCAGACAGAAUGUUCUCGUUUCUGUAUUAUUCUUGAUCAGACUAACUGGAGUCUCUUGAAUCUUCAAUUAGUCACGAGUGUUGUGAUUCACAACUGAAGGUAUAUGAACACACUGAAAUAAGUUAUACUACAAAAUGGUUCCAUUGUGUCCACUUCUGUGACUUUUCCAGUCUCUCUCGCAAUGGCGAGGCUUCGGACAGGAUAUGUUCCUGUAAAUUCAAUAUUGAAUUGCAACACUUGUGAUUAAUUAGAUUAUUCAAUCAAGAGCUACUCCAGUUCUUCUGAUCGAGAACAAUACCGAAAGGCGGAGGUGUGAGCCCUCCCCUUCGGAUCCUAUCAUGCUAAUCGUCUGUGUCUUCCUGCAUUAUGCGUGUAGGUCUGAACCAUUGACAUGAAGGUAUAAAAAUCAGUGUUUGCAACCUUCACUUGGCCAGACCUGCACGUCUCCAAUUGUCUGACAAGAGAAUAAACGGCGCAAGUUACGUUGUCUUAUUUAUUUCAGGUAUUCUCGAACGGAACAAGUCAUUUUCCCCACAACAACGUCCUUGGAAAUAUAUUGGUCACCUGGAAAGGUUCUAGUGCAUUUUCGAUUCAUCCUCAAAUUUCACCUGAAAGUCAAAUAUCCCAAUCUUUGUGUGUGGUUGUAAUAUCUGUUCAAAUCUAAGACAAUGUUUGACUUUGGUUCAGAUAAUCUGCCAAAACUAAACAAACAAAUCCAUUUAGCAAGAACUAUGAAGUGCCCCAGGGCUUUGAGUUUAACACCUUUCGAUAGCUCUUCCAUCCCCGGAAGAGAGCAGUGUUGUUUUCAUCCCCCCAUAGUCGUAUAGUAUAUGAACGACAGCAUUAAAGCUGGUCCCGAGAGAGAAUACGAGGAUUCUUAUCUUGUUGUGAGAUGGUGGGGGAAGAAGUCCGGUAGCUCAUUUCCAGCACUUCUUUUAUUUUUGCAAAAGUGUCACAUAUUACACCACAAAUAAUCCAUAUGUUGAUAAUAUAAUAUAGCAACUGUAUUCCUGUAUAUGAAAAAAAAAAUAUCUUUCUACAUAUAAAUACAUAGUGAUCCUUAGCAUAUUUAGGGAAUAAUAGAUAAAUCUUUGUGUUGGGGCACGUGUCGCCGCAACCUAGUCUCGUGCCGUCCGUCUUGCCUGUCUGCAUGUCUGCCUGUCUGUUUUUCUGUCUGUCUGUGUGCUCACCUCUCCAUUGCAACAGCCGACAUGUGGGUGAGCCCUUCAGGAUUCGAUAUGCUGUCUUGAGCUACGGGAAGCCGUUUGAGCAUUUAUUCCAUAUCCUUCAUUUCCAGCUUAAGGUCCAUGCACUAGCACGCUCUUUGGCCUCACUAGUAAGACAAGUCAGCAUGUUUUUUUCCACUACUACCUUCCACUGCUUUAUGACAUUUUUGUCCUCUCGAAGAUAGGACAGCUACAUGUUAUGAAUGGUGCAAAACUAUUAGUGGACAUUUUGGUGCUACCAGUUUAUGACACAUGCCUACUAGUUGGGCCUAGUAGUGUUAGGAGUGCAGCACAGUAGUUUACAAGUAAGGUUCAUUUGUGUCCUCGUAGGCUAAAAGCGGCAAUAGUAGAGGUUAAAAUGUUACUAGUAAGCCGUUCUCCGCACUAGUAAUACAAUUUAGUUCACUAGUAUAAUGACCAUGUCUUACUAGUAACUUUUUUUUUCACUACAGCUGUCAUUUCUGCACUCAAGUAGGACAACUACAUGUCACUAGUGAUGCAAAACUAAUAGUGGGCAUUUGGGUCCAGGUAGCUACUAGCGCAUGACACAUGCCUACGAGUCGGGCCUAGUAGUGUUACUAGUGCAGCACAAUAAUUUACUAGUAAGGUUUAAUUGCAUACUAGUGGGUCAAACGUGACAUCAGUCGUGGAAAAAAAACAUUACUAGUAAGACACAGUCAUUCUAUCAAUGUGGUGAGGCCAAAGAGGGUACUAGUACACCUUAAACUGAAUAUGAAGGAUAUGGAAUCAAUGCUCGAAGUGUUUUCCAUAGAUACAAGCUGAGGAGACAAACAUGCACACACACUAAGUACACUGUAAAUUGCUUAGAUGUCAGAGAGGUGCGGUGAGACAAACGAGGAAAAAAAGAUAAAUAAAAAGCAUCGCAAAGUUCAGCAUUACCUGUAAGUAUGUGCUAAAUAUCACUACGUGAUCUCUAUAUCUCUCCGGGUCUCAACUAUUGUUUGUUAGUUUUCUCUCUUCUUCAGCCCGUUGAUCUGAUUGUCUGCCAGCCUAUUACUCUUACUCAAUGUAUAUAUAUCUACUGGAAACACUAUCGACCAUAUUUACUUAAUUCACACUGUAUUUUUGUCACAAAAACACAACGUCUGUGGAUUGUAAAGAAAUAAUUUAAAUAUUUACAGGAAAUGAUCUUAUUCAAAACUAUGUUUACACAGUGUUUAAAGGAACCCAUGUUUGAAAGAACAACUUGUAACAUCUCAGGGUGCCUUAAGACCUGAUGAAAUAAAUUGUGAAAUAAAAGUGAUUUUGAAGAAAAAAAAAAGGA